GCGGGCUCUGGUUGGGCGGGUGAUGCUGGGACGCGGGGGGAUUGCGGAGGAGGGAGGCGGGAACCUGGGCUGGGAAAAGCGAGGAAGGAAGAGGGAACUCGGGCCGAGGGGGAAAGGGAAAGUUCAGGCCCUAGUGAAGGCGAAGCGGGAAGCAAGACCUAGGCAGAGGAAGAAACCAGGGCUGGGAACGGCGAGAAGGGAACAGGGAGCCCGAGGCGGGUGUGAGCUCGGCCUGGCACACACAGGCGUUCCGUUUGUGUAGCUUUGUGUGCCUGUUCUUGUGUGUGUUUGGGCGUGUGACGUUAUAAGCCGAUUGUUUGUGAAGGUGAAAAGAGUCUCUGCGUGUGUCGAUUUAUGUUUGAAACUGCGACUUUAAGGAGGCGACAGUUAGGGGUUUAUGAGUAAAAUAUUGCUACUUUGCCUAGACGUAUGUAGUGGGCUCUGUGGGAUUAUGCAUGACCUGUGUGUCUAUGGGACUGUGAUUGUGCAGUGGGUGAUAUGACUGAAUAUGUCAAAUUUUUGAAGUAUUUUGUGUGCACAGUUCACGAUGACUAUGAAUGUGGCUGGAUCAUUGUGUGACUGAGGUGAAGCACUUAAGAAAGUGGAUGUAAGACUAGUUAUGCACUAUGUCUUGUUUAGAUUAUCUGAAUAUUGGCCAUUUUAUAUGCCUGUGGAAUUUGGCAAUUAGACAAGUGAAUAAAAUAGAUUUUUAAAAUGGAAAGGAGGAGGUAAAAUUAAAAUAAUUUUCAGGUGGUACAAUUGUAUUUUGGGAAAACCCUUAAUGAGUAAUGACCAGUAUAUUGACGUAAGUAGACCACCACUGGGAGCACACAAAAAGCUUUCUCCCAUAACCUCUACCCUCAAAUUUCUAUUUGCAUGAUUUUUUUUUUUUUUCCUGAGGCUGGAUGAAUUCCUGGACAAGAAACAUUCAAUAAUUUCUUCAGUCAUUAUGAAGAUAAUAAUAAAAAAACACCUGUGGAACAUUUAAACAUGAGAUCAGUCACAUUUAAGCCAAAUAAAAUGUUCAUUGUAGAAAUCAAUACUGCAAACUCGAUUUAAAAACUCUCCCUUCUGCUGGAAGUCUGCUGUGCAAAAGAAUGCAUGAUCAGUUUCUUUAAUUCCUCAUCGUCUCCUUUGUCCCCUCUUCACUCCCUCCAGGUUGAUGGUCUCCAGCUGGAAUGGAUUGGGAACUGGAAAAGUCAGAAGUCAGGGACAAGAAGAGGCUAACAUGACUGGUACCAGUAUAAUUUAGUGAAUCACCCCAUUUCUAAAGAGGAGCCCAGAGGAAGACUGGUCAUCUCUUGCAGAUCUCAAAACCAUGGCUCAGUUGGCUCAGGAAUCAGUGUCAUUCAAAGAUGUGACUGUGGACUUUACUCAGGAGGAGUGGCAGCACCUGGAUCCUGCUCAGAAGACGCUGUACAUGGAUGUGAUGUUGGAAAACUAUUGCCACCUUGUUUCUGUGGGGUGUCACAUGACCAAGCCUGACGUGAUCCUCAAAUUGGAACGAGGAGAAGAGCCAUGGACAUCAUUUACAGGCCAUACCUGCUUAGAAGAAAACUGGAAAGCCGAAGACUUUUUAGUGAAAUUCAAAGAACAACAAAAUAAGUACCCUAGAUCAGUUUUAUUAAUCAACCACAAAAAACUGAUUAAGGAUAACAAUAAUGCAUUCGAAAAGACAUUUACUUUAAGCAAAAACCCUACUAAUUCAAAAAAUCUACCUCCUGAAUAUGGCACUCAUGGAAAGAUUUUUAACAAUAUUUCAGAAUUAAUCAUCAAUAAUCUAAGUCCUACCAAAAAGAGACUUAGUGAGUACAAUGGAUAUGGGAAGUCACUCCUCAAUACUAAGCCAGAAACAGCUCGCUUUGGAGUCAAAUCCCCUAAUCAGCAUGACAGAGCUGUCAGUCAUAAUGAAAAGCUUAUGCAGUAUCAUAAGAUGGAAACUCCAGCACAGUCAUAUGGAUAUAAUGACUAUGAAAGAUCCUUCCUUAAAAAAGGAGGCUUGAUUACACAUAAUAGAACUUACAGAAGGGAAAACCCAUCUGAAUAUAAUAAAAAGAGAAGAGCAACCAAUAUUGAAAAAAAGCAUACAUGCACUGAAUGUGGGAAGUCAUUCUGUAGGAAAUCAGUAUUGAUUCUGCAUCAGGGAAUUCACACAGAGGAAAAACCCUACCAAUGUCAUCAAUGUGGAAAUUCAUUUAGAAGAAAAUCAUAUCUCAUUGAUCAUCAGAGAACUCACACAGGAGAGAAACCCUUUGUUUGUAAUGAAUGUGGUAAGUCCUUCCGCCUAAAGACAGCCCUCACUGAUCAUCAGAGAACACAUACAGGGGAGAAAUCAUAUGAAUGUCCACAGUGUAGGAAUGCCUUCAGACUGAAGUCACACCUCAUUCGUCAUCAGAGAACUCAUACAGGAGAGAAACCAUAUGAGUGUAACGACUGUGGGAAAUCUUUCCGCCAGAAGACAACACUCUCCCUACAUCAGAGAAUUCAUACAGGAGAGAAACCUUAUAUUUGUAAAGAAUGUGGUAAGUCCUUUCAUCAGAAGGCAAACCUUACUGUGCAUCAGAGAACUCAUACAGGGGAAAAGCCCUAUAUUUGUAAUGAAUGUGGAAAAUCCUUCUCCCAGAAGACAACCCUUGCUCUUCAUGAAAAGACUCAUAACGAAGAGAAACCGUAUAUUUGCAAUGAAUGUGGAAAAUCCUUCCGCCAGAAGACAACCCUUGUGGCACAUCAGAGAACACAUACAGGGGAAAAAUCCUAUGAAUGUCCUCACUGUGGGAAGGCCUUUAGAAUGAAGUCAUACCUCAUUGAUCAUCACAGAACUCACACAGGAGAGAAACCAUAUGAAUGUAGUGAAUGUGGGAAAUCCUUCAGUCAGAAGACAAAUCUCAAUCUACAUCAGAGAAUUCAUACAGGAGAGAAACCCUAUAUUUGUAAUGAGUGUGGGAAGUCCUUUCGCCAGAAAGCAACACUCACUGUGCAUCAGAAAAUACAUACAGGGCAGAAAUCCUAUGAAUGCCCUCAGUGUGGGAAAGCCUUUAGCAGGAAAUCAUAUCUCAUUCAUCAUCAAAGAACUCAUACAGGAGAAAAACCAUACAAGUGUAACGAAUGUGGGAAGUGCUUCCGCCAGAAAACAAAUCUCAUUGUACAUCAGAGAACUCACACAGGGGAGAAACCUUAUAUUUGUAAUGAGUGUGGUAAGUCCUUCAGUUAUAAGAGAAACCUCAUUGUCCAUCAGAGAACUCACAAGGGAGAAAACAUGGAAAUGCAGUAAUAAAUGAUGUAAUUUCUUUGUGAUGCCUUUUUAAGUUAUUCUGAAAUUUUAUUUUUUUAAAAAAGCAUGCUUAAACAUGUAAUUUUAAAAUGUAAUAAUAAUUAUUAAAAGUACUAUACCACAUAGCUAUUACCUACUGUUUACUAGCAUAUGAAAUGGGUAUGAUUAUUGAAAAUAAAUGCUAUCAGCAAUGAAGCUAAUUUUUAAAGUUUUGAAGUUCUCCUGCUGACUCAAUUUAUUUUUUUAAAUGCUUAUAUUAAUACAUGCAGAGGCAAGAUACAAAUUAAUAUAAGCAUCGGUUUCCAUAAGAGGAAGAAAAUAAGUAUAUUUCUCAUUGCACUCUGUAGAAUAAAAGGUACUUGUUACUUCCCCAAAGAUUACCACUUCCCUGGCUUUUAACAUAAAGUAGUUUUUGCAUGUCUUUAAACUUUAUAUAUAUUUUGUGAUACCUUAUAGAUUCUUUUGUGUCUCGUUUCACUCAACAUUUUUAAGAUACAUUAUUGCAUGUGGCAGUAGUGUAUUCAUUUUCAUUCUGUAUACUAUUCCAUUUUAAGAAUAUACUACUAUUUAUCCUCUUGAUGGAUAUUUGUACUUUUAUAAUUUUGUGUUAAUAAAGAUACUGCUCUAAAUA